CGACGAAACAAUCAACAUGCCCAUCAAUGACCGGGCCUGGACUCUUCAGGAGUCCUGCCUUGCACCGAGGCUGUUGGCGUUCGCUGGGAUGACAGUCUUCUGGAGAUGUGGAGGCUUAGAAUGGCAACGCUGACAUCCAACGAUUGCCCUUGUCGACCCGGGAACAGUCGACCUCCCCGGCCUGGACAUGGUAGCUAUCGGUUGGAAGUGCUGGUCGGGCUAUGCAACGAUAGACUCGCCCGGUGCUCAGCAGUGCGCGACUCGCUUAUCGUGGAAGAACCUUGUGGAAAACUACACCAGACGAUUACCCAAUUUGAAGAAGACAAGCUGCCGGCCAUAGCUGCCAUUGCCGAGAAAUUCUCGCCGUCUUUCGGCGGAGGCUACCUUGCUGGCUUGUGGCGGCAGUAUCUCGUUCAGGAUUUGUUGUGGUACCCUAGUAGUACUGACGAGGCUCCCGGCCCGCGAUUCACAGGCCACGGCCCGACAUGGCCAUGGGCUUAAAACGCCGGAUGUAUCCAAUUUACGGAUCUCGACAGUAGAUUCGGUGACCUAGUCCCGUCGGCACGGAUUGAGAUUGCAGCGUGGUGCUCGCCUCCGAACGCGCGGCGUACAGAGC